GCGGAAGUGACGCGUGCGGAAGUGCCGGGACAGAGGCGCUGCUGCCGCUGUGCCGGGAUGUUCCACUCCGCGGUGGACAUCCAGCCCGCCUGCCUCGGGCUGUACUGCGGCAGGACCGUCCUCUCGGUCAACGGCUCCCUGGAGACCUACGGGGACUGCGGGGUGUGCCCCAGAGGGCAAAGAACCGAUGACAACAAAAUCUGCCGGGAGUGUGUGGGAUCUCCAGACCGCUAUGACUGGCUGUACCUUGGCUUCAUGGCCAUGCUCCCCCUCGUCUUACACUGGUUCUUUAUUGAAUGGUAUUCAGGAAAAAAGAGCUCCAGCGCGCUGCUGCAGCACAUCACGGCCCUGCUGGAGUGCGGCGCAGCGGCGCUGCUGACGCUGCUCGCCAGCGACCCCGCCGGCAGCCUGCGCAUUCGCUCCUGCGCCGUGAAGAAGCUCUCGGACUGGUACACCAUGCUGUACAACCCCAGCCCUGACUACAUCACCACAGUGCACUGCACGCAGGAGGCGGUGUAUCCCCUGUACACCAUUGUGUUUAUAUAUUAUGCCUUCUGCCUUGUGUUAAUGAUGCUGCUUCGGCCUCUUCUGGUGAAGAAAGUCGCCUGUGGCUUGGGCAAGUCCGACCGCUUUAAAAGCAUUUACGCAGCACUGUACUUCUUCCCCGUCCUCACCGUGCUCCAGGCCGUGGGGGGAGGCCUGCUCUAUUAUGCCUUCCCCUACAUCAUACUGGUGCUCUCUCUGGUUACCCUGGCUGUCUACAUGUCUGCUUCUGAAGUGGAGUCUUUCAAGGACCUUCUUGUCAGGAAGAAAAGGCUCGUUGUCCUCUUCAGCCACUGGUUGCUUCAUGCCUAUGGGAUUGUCUCCAUUUCCAAGCUGGAUAAGCUUGAGCAGGACCUGCCCCUGCUGGCCCUCGUCCCCGCACCCGCGCUCUUCUACCUCCUGACAGCCAAGUACACUGAGCCCUCGCGCAUCCUCUCUGAGGGGGGCAACGGGCACUGAGAGGAGCCUGUGCUCACAACGUGGGCCUGAGGGCUGCAGGGAGCAGGUUUGGUCCCUGUUACACUUUGGAAACUUCUGUUUUAAAAGAAGUGAUUUGUGUACGAGACUUCCAGCUGAAACACGUCCGUGUGAGGCUGUGUCAUGUUGAACAGCUGCACUUUGUAUUAUCAGCAUCUGGUAUAGAGCAAAGGGAAUGGCUUUGUUCAGCACUUGGGAUCUAUAAAAGCUUGUAACACUGUUCUAGUACAGCAGUUUGCUUGGACAUGUUUAUCUCCUCAUACAGUGUUUUAGGUGUUGUUGGAACAAAACAAUAGAGUCUGGUUUGCAAAAGACUUUCACUAAAGCGAGGGGAGCGUGACUAGACCACAGAGCUUGGUUUCUUUAUCACAUACUUGAGCUUCUGUCCCCAUGAGGGGAAACGGGCUUUUAUCUUCCAUCAAAGAAUAAAACAUGUUGAGCAUGAA